GUUCGCAUCUCACCCCACUUUAACCAAAACAAGGCUCCCGAUGACUUCGACAUUUCUGAGCAGAGAACAAAACAAAUCUAGGGUUACGGCUGUUUCACCAUCAUCUCUGCUAUUCUGCAAUGGCGAUGAGGAAUUUCUUCAACGAGAUCAAGGGGAUGAAGGUGAAGGACCUCCCUGCGCACGUGAAGCCUAUGCUCUCUGUCGAUUAUGUGAAGAAGGCUUUUCAGAGAGGCUUGGACAACUACCAUGCCAAGUACAUACAGACGAGCUCCAUCGAUCCUCUCUACCAUGUUUGCUUCGGCGGCAUGAUCUUUUCCUACCUCGUUGCGCUUCCCGAGGAACGUCGUCACCUCGAGCACCAGCAGCACGCCAAAGAGCAUGGGGCUCAUUGAUCGCAUCUCUCGCUCUUCUGUCGAUCCAGGGUUAAUGAGAGGGUGCUAAUGGUCGACUUGGCAACCAUUGGUCUGCAUACUGCUUAAUGUUCUGUUCACUUUGAUGCAGCACAGCAUUUCGAGUUACAGAAAUAAAUGUAUCAUACUUUUUAAAUUUUCAUUUUGUGAUUGAACGGCUAAACAGCUGCCGAUCAGGGGAAAAAUCUUUGUUUCUUUUGGUGAUUUGACUUGCUCAUGGUCUAAGCAUAUUGCAUUUUGUUGAGUUUUUCCCAAAAUAUUAUUAGAUUUCAAGUAAUGGUCGUUAUUUUUUGCCCACCAUGAGGGGAAAAAAAAAAAAUGCAGAAAAUGAAUAAAAAUGGGAGUAAUGGUUACUCAUUUUGUU